CUUGUACAAUAACUUAUGUAUAUAUCAUGGCUUGUUUUUCAGGAUUUUAAAUUCCAACAGUUGUGCAAAGUCCGUGUUACAGAUACUCCUCAAUCACUUCCUCCUAGAAGAUCUGACCUACUUGCAGCAUCUUCAAAAUAUGGGCUUACAUUUGUUGGAGUACAAAAUGGGUUUAAAGUUUUGAAGACAUCAGAGUUUUAUGUCCAAGAUGAGAAGCACGCAUCUGACCGGUUGAAGCACAUUAUUACAGACUUCCCCUUGUUAGCCGACGUGAAUAUAGGCUACGAAGUGACCCAUAUACAGCUUAAUGCUGAUGAAAGUACCCUGGCAGUGGCCAUUACCCGACCAGAACAUGUUGUUGUUUACCUCUAUGAUGUAACCAGCUUUGGUGGACAGGUGUCGGGAACCGUGCAAGCAUCACAUAUGAUAGUUGGCGAAGGAAAUCAGCGUGUUAAUGAUCUAGCCUGGAAUCCUGUCGAUACAAAGUUGCUAGUGAUUUGUUAUUGCACAGGAAGACUUGUGAAUUAG